AUGAUAACACCACAUUUGACCGAAAUGGCCUUCCUGUCCAGUUUCACAGAAAAAGGCAAAGGUCAAAGGUAUAAUGUUUUGGCUGGAUUGCGAGAGUUAGAAAUACCCCUGCCUUGUAGGAGUAAGGCCAUUUUAACAACAACUCUUAAUCACAUUUUGUUGCAAAAAAUUCGAGAACAGUGUCCAGAUUUUGAUGGUAUAUUGGCAAGUUAUGAUAAUCAUGGUGAUAAGACAAUCGUAGCAACGGAUGAAGAAUUACGCCAACUUUUGCAUAAUGGCAAAAAUCGCUUAAAAAUGUACACAAUUCGAAAUCAUUCGCUUGUUCAUCCAUCGAAAUCGCCUUCUGUCUCAUUCGAUGUCACUCCAUUACGGCAGUUACCUUUAAGAUCACUUAAUUUUUCACGUCUACCACCACCAACGUACUAUGAGAGUCAAGAAGCGACAAAGUUACGUGAACCAUUUUCGCAUCAGUUAUUCUAUUCGAGAAUCGCACCUUUUUCAAAUAUAUUCUCAUCAAGCUAUGGUUGUUAUCGGUAUGCGCAUGCCUGUCCAGUAAACUAUAAUGGUAGAAUCACAAAUACAGUACCAAAUUACGGUCAUUCAUUAAUUUAUGGCUAUCCACCUCAAGCAUCAGUGAUGUACAGUUUUUUAUGUUCGCCAUUUCCAUUUAGUGGAUAUCAUAAAAAUUGGAUUUGUGGGCCAAAAUGUUUUAGUUUUAGUUUGGGUGGCAAACAUUAUCGUUCCAAAUAUAGUUCUAAAUAG